AGAGGGCGGGUACUUCUUCGCGCGCUCACUCAGUGCUCACAUCGUUUUCCGGGGGGCUCCACGAGAUCCGGGGGAUGAAGCCCGGGAAGCUUCACGCCAUGGCAGCCGGUUUUGCCUCCUCUUGCUCAGUUUACCGCUCCAUCCUCACUCUCGCGACGAUAACCCUAAUCUUCUGCACCAUCCUCACCCUGAAAUCCAUGCAUUUCUCCCCUCGCGAUCCGCUCGAUCCGCCGAUGAAUCUCUCCAGAGCCGUUGCCGGCGUCGAUGGCGAUGCAGAUGCCCGGUUCUCGUCCGUGUACCACUUUCCCGAUGUGUUUUCGAGGAAUUACGCGGAGAUGCAGAAGAAUUUCAAGGUUUUCAUAUAUCCGGACGGUGAUCCGAACACUUUCUUCCAAACGCCGCGGAAGCUCACAGGGAAGUAUGCAAGCGAGGGGUUCUUCUUUCAAAAUAUCAGAGAGAGCAAGUUUAGAACGCUUGAUCCGGAUAGCGCGGACCUUUUCUUCAUCCCGAUCUCUUGUCACAAGAUGAGGGGGAAGGGUACUUCCUACGAGAACAUGACUAUAAUUGUUAAAAACUAUGUGGAUGAGCUUAUAAACAAGUACCCUUAUUGGAAUAGGACCCUGGGUGCAGAUCACUUCUUUGUCACCUGUCAUGAUGUUGGAGUGAGAGCAACAGAGGGGCUUCCUUUUCUUGUCAAGAAUGCCAUCAGAGUUGUUUGUUCCCCAAGUUAUGAUGUUGGAUACAUACCACACAAAGAUGUUGCCCUUCCUCAAGUGUUGCAGCCAUUUGCUUUGCCUGCCGGAGGAGAUGACAUUGAAAACAGAACCGUUCUUGGAUUUUGGGCAGGUCAUCGCAAUUCGAGGAUAAGGGUUAUCCUGGCACGCAUAUGGGAAAAUGACACUGAGCUGGCCAUAAGCAAUAAUCGUAUAAGUAGAGCCGCCGGAGAGUUGGUCUACCAAAAAAGAUUCUAUAGGACCAAGUUCUGUAUAUGCCCUGGUGGUUCACAGGUUAACAGUGCACGAAUAGCAGACUCAAUUCAUUAUGGAUGUGUGCCAGUGAUUCUCUCCAACUACUAUGAUUUGCCUUUCAAUGAUGUCCUUGAUUGGCGGAAGUUCUCUCUGAUACUAAAGGAAAGUGAUGUCUAUCAACUGAAGUCUAUCCUGAAGGCUGCGUCAGAUGAAGGAUUUAUUUCAUUGCAUAAGCAUUUGAUGGAGAUCCAGAAACAUUUUGAAUGGCAUUCACCUCCUGUCAACUUUGAUGCUUUCCACAUGGUUAUGUAUGAGCUUUGGUUAAGACGGCAUGUCAUCAAGUACUAAAGGAGCCUCUACUGCCAAGGGCGUCAAAUGUAUGGUGUUCCAGACCGAAGUCACAAUUCAACUACCACCUUGCAGUUCAUGGCCCAAAAUUAAGUAUGCAAAAACCUUUUAUUUCCUUUAUCCUGUAACGCGUGCAAAACCAAAUGAAUGGGCUUAAAGUGAGGGCUUGCCAGAUGAAUGCGGGACUGGUCAUGGACACCACUUAGAUGAUGAUGUUGUUGACUGACCAAUUUUGCUUCUCCAGAGGAAGGCAAUCGGUUGAGCUUGGGCAAGGGUGAGCCUUUGCAAUCGAGGUCUGCGAAUUAGAAGUAGAUUCUUCGCCUGGUUCUGUAAAGAGGGAAAAAGAGGGUGUAACAUAGUGGUGUUCGAAUCCCUGGAUGGUUUAGAUUGUAUUCAUUUUAAAUUCGUGUAGCCUUUUAGAAACAUUUAUUUUGGUCAAUCAGCAAUCCGUUCGUUCUUAUUUGGGUGGUUCA